GCCGGGGACCGGGCGGCAGAGGCGCGGGCACGCUCAGGCCCGGAGCGAGGUGGCCCGGGCGCCCGCAUCAUGGAGUCCUCGGGCACCGAGGAGUACGAACUCAACGGCGACCUAAACCCGGGCUCCCCCGAGGCCUCGCCAUCCCGCUGGGGCUGGAGGAACCGGCCCAUCAACGUGAACCAUUAUGCCAACAAGAAGAGUGCGGCCGAGAGCAUGCUGGACAUCGCGCUGUUGAUGGCCAACGCAUCUCAGCUGAAGGCCGUGGUGGAACAGGGCCCCGACUUCGCCUUCUUUGUGCCCCUUGUGGUCCUCAUCUCCAUCUCCCUGGCGCUGCAGAUCGGAGUGGGUGUGCUGCUCAUCUUCCUCGGUAGGAGCCCCCAGCAGAUGCUCACACAGUCUCAGGGACAGUCAAGUAUGACCUUAACAACCCCGCCAAGCACGCCAAGCUGGACUUCCUUAACAACUUGGCCACGGGCCUGGUAUUCAUCAUCGUGGUGGUCAACAUUUUCAUCACAGCCUUCGGGGUCCAGAAGCCGGUGAUGGACACGGCUCCUCGGCAGUGAGACACCCAGGACUCUGAAUGGCAUCUGCCACACAGCCCGGCCACCCAGACCCCAAGAACUGCAGUGACCUUGAGAUGUUCCCUUUGCUAUGAGCAGCACUCCCGGAGACCUCCAGAGCCCAGGCUGGCCUCUCCUGACCAGGCUCUGGGACGUGCCUCUCUCUGACUGUGACUGCUGUAUGAGAGGCCACUCCUGGCAUGCAGGGGCUGAACUCGUAACCUAGAGGAGCAGAACUGGACAGCCCCAGAGACUUCUCCCCAGACAAAAGUCACCGCCUAUUCACGGACACGCAGCAGUUCCAUGGCUGGACUGGAUGAGCAUCCAGCCCCGACCUCUGUCUCAGGACAUUCCAGAAAGACAAGAACAAGCCCCUCCCUUUGCACCAGCGACCCUACUUCCCUUGGGACCUGUACAGGUCACCCUGGUGACCACUGCCUCUGCUGUCUCCUAACCCAGGGACACUGGACAAGGCAGCUCCAUCUGUUGGCCUCAAAGGUGGCCACUGGCUUCAGCCUUAGUGCCUGGGCUUGGCAGCCAUCAACAGGCAACCCUUCCCAUAUGGGCUUCAGGUCCUGCCUGUACCUGCCACCAGUCGUGACCAGGCAGAGCCCCAGCUUCCUGCUCAGGGGUCCAAGCCCCACUUUUCCAAUCAGGUAUGCCAAUAAAGCUUACACACCUCCCCCACUGA